CAGCGUUCGCUACUAGAUUAACAAGACUAAACCCCACGUAGGUAGGUUGACAAAAGUAGACCCAAAGAACACGACAAGUAGGUAACUUUCACUUUUCUUCUAUUAUAAUUCGGCCACUCCCCAAACUCCAUUAUUCCAUUUCGAGAUCGGUGGUUUGAUCGUAAAUCCUCUUUUUGGUGUUGUUCACGAUGGAGCCCAAGACUGGCCUCGUCCUUGGCUACAAUGGCACCCACCCCUUUUCCAAGGUAAAGAUCUCGGACCGUGCUUCUGUUCAGGAGCUUCUAAAGACUCUUCUCGAUCCCCUUGAGCCAUUCUUCUCCCCCUUGAAAGCGAGAGUGAAAUGCCCCGGUGCAACUGCCGUCAGAUUCGAUCAAACGGCCUCUGAAGUAGAAGGAAUAUGCCGACCCCUUUGGGGUCUGGCUUGCCUGUUAGCCGGGGGUGGAGAAUACCACGGAGCGGAAUGGUGGAUUCAGGGGAUCAAGUCCGGCACUGACCCCGAAAAUCCCGAAUACUGGGGAUAUCCGCGGGACAACGACCAGAGGAUGGUGGAAAUGUGUCCUCUUGGUUAUGCGUUAGCCGUCGCCCCUGGUAUCUGGAACUCGUUAAAUGGGAAAGAGAGAGAAAAUGUGGAAAACUGGUUGGGUAAUUCGAUCAACGAGAAGAACAUGCCCAAUACCAACUGGCUCUGGUUCCGCGUGUUUGCCAACCUCGGACUUAAAAAGAAUGGAGGAAAGUUCUCUCAGGAGAGACUGGACCGCGAUAUCGAACAUCUAGACACCUUCUACCGCGGUGCUGGUUGGUCAAAUGAUGGCCCUGAGGGAAUCCACCAAAUGGACUAUUACUCCUCGAGUUUCGCUAUCCAGUUCCUACAGCUUCUCUACGCAAAGCUAGCUGGCGAGGAUGAGCCAGAGCGAGCCGCCGAGUUCAAGAAACGUGCUCAGAUGGUUGCGCUUGACUUGAUCCACUACUACGACAACGAAGGUCGGUCCAUCCCGUUCGGCCGCAGCGUAGGCUACAGGUUUGCGAUGGUGUCUUUCUGGGGUGCCCUCGCUUAUGCUGGAGUUGAGCUCCCUGAGCCCCUUACGUGGGGAAUGGUCAAGGGCGUGGUCCUACGGCAUUUGAGGUGGUGGCAGACGCAGCCAGAUAUCUGGAGUCCAAGUGGAACACUGACUAUUGGGUACUCGUACCCAAAUAUGUAUAUGGCGGAGAAUUACAACAGUCCCGGUAGCCCGUACUGGGCUUGUCUAGCUUUCAUCUGCCUAGCCGUGCCUGCAGACCAUCCAUUCUGGACAUCUGAAGAAGAACUCCCAGGCGAUGCCAUCCCGAAGAUCAAGGAGUUGCCACAACCUGGACAUAUCACAAGCUACCUCGGCAACCACUGCAUGCUCCUCUCCUCCGGCCAAGCCUGCAGCUACCCCAUGAAAGGAACGCACGCCAAAUACGGCUCCUUCGCCUACAGCAGCGCGUACGCGUACUCCGUGCCCCCGGGUCUCUUCACGCUCGAGCAAUACGCGCUCGCCUCACAGCUCGGGUUCUCCGACGACGGCGGCGAGUACUGGAAAACACGACGAAUAUCUUCAUACGCAGGGCUAGAGCACCGCGUCGACAGCAACAGCAACAGCAAAACGCCGGUCCUCGUCUCCAUCUGGUCCCCCUACCCCGACGUAACCGUGCGCACGACCCUCGUUCCCCCGGACCCGGCAACGCCGAACUGGCAUCUGCGCGCGCACCGCGUCGCCGCGGGCCGCGAGGUCAUGACCGCCGACGGCGCCUUCGCCAUCUGCAACGCGCGCGCGGCCGACGGGCGCUACCUCGACCCGUACGACGCCUCGACCCACGAGGGCACGCACCCCAAGAUCAUCGGGAACUACGACCUGAGCACCGCCGAGGGGUGGUCGACGGGCAAGGCGGGGGCGUUUGCCGUGAGCAAGGGGGCUGUUGGGAUCAAGGCGCUCGAGCACGGAGGCGGAAAGGGGGCUGUGGAGCGAGCGGCGAACUUGGUCAAUGCGGACCCGAACUCGAAUCUGAUCGAGAGCAGGACGGUGAUCCCGACGCUGCAGCAUACGGUUGAGAAGGAUACGACGGUGUGGUACGUCUCGGCUAUCUAUGCGAAGCCGUCGGGCGAGGGCGUGGCGAAGGAAACGUACCUUGAUGGGUGGGAGAAGCCGCCGCAGAUCCCGGCGUGGUUGAAGGCUGAGAUGGAGGCUUGAGCUGUGUUAUCUUAAGAAUUGGCCAUACCUUUCUCCUCCUUUUCUUCCUUUUAAUUCGAGAGUUUGGAAGAAAUGCUUAACCCAGAGAGGUGAUGUGAAAUGUUAUUUAGUUCUAGUUAUGACGGUACCUAACUACCUAUGUAGGCAUGAGUGUAGGUAAGUAUUUUAUCUAUGUACCAUGGAAUUUUUAAUCAACGCGAUAAAACUCCUA